CAAAGGGCAGGUAACUACUACGGAAGGUCAGGCAAUUACAAAACUUUGAACUAAUAAAUCGGUAUAAUUGUUAUGCUAGGGCAGAAGAAAAUCUUUUAAUCAUAUUUGCACAGAAAUCUUCACCAUGCGUCUUGAAGACCAGGGCAAAGAGGUGAAGAAAUCUGGUUUCUUGAGGGGAACUCGUAUGUGGACAAUUAGGAACAGAAUAAUAGCUGGUAUUAUUAGCGGAGCACUGCUUUUUGACUUCAGUUGGAUUAUGUAUGCCUCGAAAAACAAGGAUGCUAUAAAGGAAAGACGGGAGCAGAAGGAUGCAGCAUCUGUUGAAAAUAAACUGGAAAUAGCUAAAAGAAUAAAAACUCUGGAAGAAAGACGAGUUGCCUUGGCAGAUGCAGCAAAGACAGUAUAAGUUGAUUUUGAGCUAUGCCAAUAAUUUGGCCAUAGUUAAAACUGUGAUGAAAUAAUUUUGAUAUCAAGUCAGCUGAAUUUGGGGAAUUUGUGUGAUUUUUUCUAUUGUGUGUUAUGUAUACUGUGUUUUAAUCAUGAACUUUGACGUGAAACUGUAUGAAUUUACAUACUUUAGUAUCAUGGUGUUGUUCGUGUAACCAACAAACAAGUAAACAUAAAUAAAUAAACUUUUAAGAGAAAAACUCUUUUGAAUGCUUUCUGUGUAGUCCCAAACUUUGUAACAGAGCAGAAUGUGAAUUAUUGUAGUGCACUUAAAAUGCCAGCGGCAGAUAAAAAAGUGAGUAAAAAAGGGACAAAGCUUUCCCUGACCAAGAAAACUCAGAAAACUGAAGAUUCCUCACUUCAUAGAAACAAUGGAAUCAGAAAUCUUCUGGAAGGAAAGGUAGAUCUCAAUGAGACAUGUGAGUUUCAGCAACCACUGCGGUUUCCAGGUUGUAGGGAAAACAGAGUGAAGACUGAAAAUGACAAGAAAUCAGUUACUGUAACUGAAAUUACCAAGGUAACAGAUGAACAUUGUGAGGAAAGAGAGGAAUCAGUGAAGUGUCAGGUGUGUAACAAGAAUUUAAGCCAUAUGAAUGUUCGGCGUAGAGAACAGCAUGUCAACAAAUGCAUUGAUAAAGUUGAGGUUGUAGAGAAACAGCAGAAGGAGGAACAGGUACUGCUGGAGGCGGCAAGAACUGCAGUCUUAGACUGUCCAAUGUGUGGCCAACAUUUCAAGGCAGAAAACGCAAGAUUGGUGCAUUUGAAGAAAUGUUCACAGAAUGUUGGUGUGUCUACAGAGAAGAUGAUACAGCUAGUGAAGGAGCAGGAACAAGAGAGGCAACAACAACUGGCAGCAGGCAUUGUUCCUAAAGAACUUAGAUCAAAAGUUACCAAGUCAGUAGCUCCCAAAAAGCGCAAGUUGAAAGAGCCCAAAAGUCAGUUUGAAGAAGAUGUGCAGGUUGCCAUGGCGAUUUCUUCCUCAUUAACUUCAGCUGGUGAUAAUGCAAAAAAUGGGAAAAGGAAGAAGAACAAAAAAGCUGUACUAGAGGAUGUUUGUUUACUCACUACACUGACAGAUGAAGAUAGACAAAGGAGAAUGGAGGAGAAAGUCAGCAAUAUCUUACACAUGGCCAGUAAUACAAAAUACACUGAAGAAUUGUUGUUACUUGAGUCCAGUAUGAAAGCUGAAUCCCAGCAUAAGGGUAUUAGUUUGUGGGAAAGAUGUAGCCAGGAUCCAGGCACUUGUGACAAUGAACAAUUUUAUGUUGGAGCACUGGUUCCCCCAUUGUCAGUCAGCAAGUCAGUGCCAGGAACAAACCUUCGUAGAUUGUCAUCUAUACCAGGCAGGGAAACGUCUUUUGCCAAAAAGAAUGACACAUUUCCAGAAAAGUGUUCAGACCUGUCAGCAGAUGAUAUCAUCACCGCUUCUACACAGACAGCAGUUGUCCUAGCAGAAUUGGCAACGGAUGAUACAGAUAUUCUGGACACUACAGUUGGUUUACAACUUACACCUGACCCACAUAAUACUGAUCACAUUUCAGAAUUACAAGCCAGUGGAUUCUGUGUGGAGAAAAUGGUUUUAAAUAAAGAUGAGCAAGAUACUCAGAUAUCACAAGCACUGUAUGAUUACAGAAGAAUGAUCAACAAGAAGGAGUACAGUGAUGUUACUGUGAUCUCGUGUAAUGGACAAUCUUUCUUUGCUCAUCAAAUCAUUCUUGCUGCUAGAUGUCCUAAAUUAUUACAGAUGAUGAAAGAUUCUGCUGUAAAAUUAGAAAUUCUUCCAGACUCUGUGCUAAGUUUUCUGAAUUAUAUUUAUACAGGGGAUGUAACUCUAACAUCCUCUUCACAGACUGAACUACUCAAACUUGCCCAAAAUCUUCAGUUACCUUCCUUGGUUGAAGCUUGUAAUAAAGUAGUGCUGCAAACAAUAUCUUCUGAGACUGUUAACCUGAAUGAUAACUCUGAAGCUUCUAAAACAGAAUUUGUUGAAUCCCAUCUAGAUAUGAAGGAGAUAUGGGGAGAAUCAGACAGUGACCUUGACCUAGAUAAAGGUGACCAUAGUGGUGGUAAAGAGAGUCGCAGUGAUAGCGGCAUCAAUGACGAUGAUUAUCGAGAGAUAUGUUGUACUCAAAAUCGUAAAAUUCGAGAAAGGAUAUCUCAGGGUGCUGGUGAUGUAAGACAGUCAGACAGUAAAAGUAAACAUUUGAUUGAUGAUUUGAGUCAAAACUCAGGUGCUAAUGAAUUAAAUGAAAUUCAGAAUAAAUUGACAAGUUAUCAUAGUGCCGAAGAAGGUUGUGAAACUAGAAGCUUAAGGAUGUUGAACCUCAGAGAGAAAGAAAAAGAUGAGUUUACUGUUCACAAUGAAAGCCCAGAGGUAGAAAAUGAUUGUGAAGUUAUGGAAGUAGAUUUAGAAAAAGAGAGAGAUGACAAUGACGAAAUCUUGGAAGUAGAAAUUGACAGUGAUGUCAGUCCAAGUCCAAAAAAAUUGAGGCUCAGUGAUGAAACAGAAGAUGUGAAGAAUAGAGUAGAUUUAGAAAUUAAUUUGAAUGAAUUAAUAAGUGCAAGUAUAAAGAAUUCUGCACAUGAAGAAAAUGGAGACUUUAAUGGAUUUAACAAUAGCUUGAAGCAGGAGAAUGAUAUCAUUGAUGUUGAUGAAGAUAAUGGUGAAAAUACAAACACUGGAAUAAACUCAUCCACAGCUGACUUAUUCAGCAGUCCCUCACCAAGAAAACCUGAUGUAACCAUAGCAGGGACAGUAAGCGGUAAAAUUGAAAAUUCAUCUUCUAAAAAUCUACAAAGUAUUUCCAAAUUUUCUACACCUCUUGAAUAUAAAUCUGAUUCAAAAAGAACCCUUAAUACAAGUACACUGCCCAUUACUCCUGUGGUAAGUGUAGAUGUAGAUUCUGAUUCAUCAUUAGAGGUCUUAGCUGAUCAAAAUGAAAAUACAAGCAAUUAUGGUAAUAAAGAUCAAAUUGAAAAUGCUGAAGAGAUAGUAAGUGUUAAUAGCAGUCUGGAUGAAAGUAGUGAACAAAUUGCAAGCAAUGUUGACAGUCAGAAAGAAAUUGUAGAUUCUGACUCAGACAAAGUCAAUGAAAAUGGUCUAGAUGCCGAUAGAGCUAAAACUGAAUUAAAUUUUGAAAGUUCAGAUGAUGAUUUGCAGAUAACUGGAGAUAACUUGGAUGAAUUAACUCAGCAGUCUCCCACUUUUAAACAUCAUAAAACAAACAGGGGUAUUAACAAAAUACAUAAUCCUAAUCAGACAGUAGAUGAAACAAAAUACCUUGGAUUGAAAAGUUUCACAGAAGGGUUUUCACAUCAAAAGCAAUUCUGUGAUGAUAAUGGAUAUGUGGAAGGCCAUUUAAAAUUUUCAAGAAAUGUUAAACAUAAACGUUUUGCUGACUCAGCAAGUGACAGUGAGGAAAUAGUUACCAUACAGACAGAAGAUAGUGAUAUGAGUGAUAAUGAUGAAGGAGAAGUAAAAGAUAUAGACAGUGUAGUAACUGAAGCAGAUAAUAUCCAGUCUAGUAGUAAGGCUUGUAAUAACUACAGUGAUAAUAAGGAAUCUGAUUUAACAAGUGGUUCAGUAAGGGAUGGUAGAAAGUCUACAGCUUAUGGAAAACAUGAAGUAUCAGUCUACAGUGGAGAUGAAGACAAUGCUUAUAAUCAAAAUAGCUCAUUUGGAGCCAGUAAUACAGGUGUUUGGGAAGAUUUUGAUGACUGUGGUAUGGGGUAUGAACCUCUAGACAUAAGUGCUGGGGAAACCUCACCAGCAGCAGGGUAUGAACCCCAGGUCGGAAGUCCUGAAGUCAACACCACUCUGAUUGGGUAUGAGCAACAAGAAGAAUGUCCUGGGGAAAUGUCUCCAGUCAUUCCAAAUCAAGAUGAGGUCAUUGAUCUCUCACAAAAUGAAGAUGACAACAACAUCCAUGAUAACCAGAAUGACAGUGAUUUAGACGGUGCCCUGCUAGAAGAUGGGGAUGAUAGUUUUGUGUUCAAAGUAAAUGAUCAUCAACAGGCUAGUGAGACACCAUCAGCAAAAACUUUGGAAACAGAGGAAUUAAACUUUAAGACGCCAGCAGCAGUUGAGAAACUGGAGAAGAAAGGUCAAUGGGUGCCACCUUCACCAUUCACUCCUAUGCCACAGUAUGGAGGAAUGCCAACACCUGCACUCAAGAAGGCGGUACAGAAGUAUGGAGUGAAACCAGUAGGCAAGAAAAGAAUGAUCAAAGUACUGGAAGAUAUAUAUCAUCAGACUCAUCAAUAUGAGACAGAUAGUGAAUGUGAGGUGGAAGAUGACACCCAUACUGAUACUGUACAGACAGGAGGAGGUGCUAGUGACAGUUUACCUUCUAGUCAAGGCGAUAUCUCUUCACAAGAUUCAGACAUCAGUGAUGUGUUAGAGGAGAGUUGCCUACAUACCAUGUCAAGUGACAGUGAUACCACAGGCUCUCCACAGAAAAAUAUUGAUGUUACCAGACAGUUGUUUGGUUUUAUCAAAUCCCAUCCAGAAAUUCACAUGAAGAUUCUAAUGUAUGAGCCUUUAGAACUUGAUGUGUUGAAGAAGGAUGUAAAAGGUGCUGGAAUAAAAUGCUCUAUGGAUAAACUAAUGGACUUUCUAGAUGAAAGGUGCAUUGCUUUUACAAGUAAGAACUCGAGAAAGAGGCAGACUGGUAGAAGAGGAAAACAAAAAGCAACAAAAUCCAAACAGACUGAAAUAUAAAUUAUUGGAGAUUUACCAAUCGACUUUACAGUGUGACAGAAACUAGUGGUAACAGAUGUACUUAUGGGACUGUUUUUAGUGUGGCAGAUGUAAAUGGUAUUUUCUGUACCAGUGUACUAUUUUGUAGCAGCAAAACAAUACUGGUGCACUGACAGAAAUAGCUGAAUACAGUUUAACGUCAUUAACAAGAAUUGAAUAAAUUUGAAGAGAUAUCAUGCUUUUCAGAUCAUUAAUUAUUUGAGUGUUGGUAUUACGAAAUUGCUUUGAUGGAAUUGUAAUGUAAUAAAUGUGUUAUUAAUGCAUUGCUCUAUAAACUGUAUUAUUUUGUUAAACAUGUUAGUAUUGUUAUUCCAUUCACUGUUAAUCAGUAUGAAAUGGGCAUUUUUAUUAGAUAUCCUAAGCAUGAAGAAUGAAUAAAAUAAGUUAUGAUGCAAUAGGUUAUGUUAUUUUGUUUUUGUUUUCUCUUCACUGUACAUGUACCUGCCAAAUUCACAGUUUAAGUAUACUGUAGAGUUUAUAGUAUCUUUAAUACCUGUACUUGAAAAUAUUGAUAUUACUUUACAUCCUGAAUCACUUACAGGUUUGUCUGUUUCUUGAAAUGUAUUGAUUUAUAUAAAAACUCCAUUCUAAUGGAGUAUUUUCCAUUGUGAAAUUUGACUUUUAUUUUUACUGAAGUAUGUUUUUGGAAUAUUUAUGUUUAAAAUGUUUAGAAAUGUUCAUGAGCCCAAAAUUUACAUACUGGAGGGGUUUUCUAUGUAAAAUAAACUUGUUGUCAAGGAAUAUUAAAAAAGACUGAAAAUGUUCUAAAAAAUAAAAAAAGCCUGCUAUUAUAUGCUAGAGCUCUUAAGAUGAAAAAACAUUUCAUAGACUCAAUCAAACCAAGUCUUUUAUUUGGUUGGUUGCAUUCUUUGCUUCCAAAGGACCUUGAAAAUACCGCUUGAGUUGCAGAGUCAAACAUGGUAAUGAAUUUAAAUCUUCUGAAUCAAAUGUAAAAUUCUGACAAAAAGCCUGGAUGUUUUCAGAUUUUUGGAAAUGGGAUCUUAUAAUCCUAACUAUAACUGAAAUUUGUUUAGAUUACAUAAUUAUAUUGUUAUAGGAUAAGCAUUCCAAAGCUGUAUAAUUAUAACACAGAAAUUUGGUAGCGGUAAUUGCUCAUUGUUAUUGUAGGCUCAAAUUGUAUAUGACAAUAAUACUUACAAUGCUUUCAUAAAUAAUACUAAUUUUAGCUGUGAAUAACCAUACCUAUUAUUUGAAUGGUUAAAUAAAAUUGAAUGAUGGCAAUCACAGUAGUAUAUACCAUUGAUCAGUUUCAUUCAGAGAAAUUAGCACUGUAAAUACCUGGAAUGCUGCUGAAUGCCAAGAGAUUUUACUUUUUUUGUAGUUUGAGAAAAACAACAUAUUUUAUUGACUAUGGUAUAUGCAAUUCAAAGUAAUGUUGAAUAAAAUCAUGAACUCAAGA